AUGGACUGUGAUCCAUCUGGCAGCGGACGCCGUGACCCAACACCACCAUCGUACCAUACGCCACCACAGGUCUCACCUUAUUCAGUCGAGAUGGAAGAUCCUUCAAGCUAUCCCUUCCCAAGUUCACACUUUGCUCAGCCCAACUACCCGUCUGUCCACCCUCAGAUGUGGUCCCAGGCUCAACUUCAGCAAUUUCAGCUCGCCGGCCGUGCGCGAGAUGAUCGCCAGUAUUUGACUGAAGAUCAACGUCGGGAGCUUGACAUCCGUGCCGCAAUGAACGGUCAGUAUACAGGAGUUCCCUAUGGUGCGUAUUCCGCCGGUUUCAGCUCGCCCCCGGUUGCUCAUCCUCGUACUUUCACAGACUCGUCGCCCCAGAAUUUGGCCGAUUUUUUCAACCCCACGGUCGGCCCGCAUUUCCAUCCUGGUCCGACAGUUCCUUCCGAUCGCCCCCAGACUUUCAAUCCCAGCCAGUAUGAAGGUCGUCCAGAUCCAUAUGUUCCUGCCAGUUACUACAGCUCGGUCCCUUUCCCGCCAAAUCUGUUACCAUUCGGUGUUCCAGCCUAUCCCUCUUACGGUGGUGUCCCAUACUUUCAGUCUGUACCUUCUCAACGGAGGCCGGCGGAUGACGACGGUGCAUCGAUCGAUGCACCUACUGCCGAAUCCGUCGAAAACGUAGGCAAUUGGCUCCAAGCCGGUCCGUUCCCUCCACUUCCAGAUGAUCCAGCUCUGCAAGGACACGAACCACCCCAGGCGUCUACUAGCUCUAGCGCGAGCUCAGAUGUAGGUAUCAGCGGUGCAGUGAUUGCGGCGGCGGAUCAGGCAGGGUCAUGGUUGGCAAAUGGAGAUGCAAAGAGCUAUUUGAGAAAGGCCGUAAGACCUGCAAACUUCCUCACGCUCGGUCGAGAUUGGAACUUGGCGGUCGAUGAACUCAAGGAUCAUCCCGAGUUCGAACAGGUUUUUGGACAAUGUAGGAAACUCUGGGAAGAUCGUGUACUGGGUAAACUGGGUAUCCCUGAGUUCCUGGAGCACGAUAGCGAUGAGCAAUCUCGCACGUAUGCCGAUCUAGCAGGUAUGCUCGAGCGUGGGUAUCCGUUUGAGAAGACGCUGGAUUAUCAAUUUGACGAAAACCGGCCUCACCGUCGAUACGUCUCAUUUGUGUGGCAACGUCUCCGUUCUCGUCGGGAAAAGCAACCCUCAACUCCGACCCCAACGCGAAGCCCUUCAGAAGAAUCGAAUGAUCCCUCGAUGGUUCUUGCCCCUCACGUUCGUCGCACCCUGGACUUCAACGUUGAGGGUGCUACGGUUAUUUCCAUGUACUUGACCGACUGGGAUAUGCGGACGGGAACUCUCUUCUUGCACACUUCGCUCGCCUUCGACACUAACGAUAUCGAUGACAAAGCUGUAAUCUCACUCGGUGAAAUGGUUCCCCGUAUGCUUGCUGAGCGCGAAAAGUGGAACGCGGAGCACCCCUCGGACCCAAUCCCGACACCCCGGCACGUGUGGAAUACCUUCCAGAGUUCUAGCUCUCUGCUGACCGCUCGAUGGACGGACCUCAUGACCAAACGCGGCUUCGUCAACAUCGAAGAGUACCUCAGUAUUCACACGGACGUGGACCGUCAGGACUUCAACCCGCCCCCAUAUGGAUUCCUAUGGCAGAUGAGUCAUCCGGAUUGGCGCCCACUUGGGCCAAUGCGUCCCGAUGCUGUCACAAUGUGCAAAUUUAUUGCCGAGGAUCUCGAUCCAGUGAUUCUCGAACGUAUACGCCAAAUUGAAAUGACGAAGAAAGCAACCCGCAGAAAGCGCUCUACUUAG